GGAUAAACAAGAUCGAGCGUGUGGACGUAAGCGAGCAUUUUAAAAACAACAAAUUCCAUAAUUGCACGAAUUAGAAGACAAAACAUAAUAAUGUAAAAAAGCUUCUUACUGGUUUAGAAGCAUAGAAUCAAUAUAAAUAUGGACCACCCGCACGUUCGUUUGCAUCACAACUCUAAAGUGUUGUCACUCAACAAAAAGGCAAUGGAGGAGUCGAAGAAAUACAAAAGUAUGGUGAAGCAGACGAUGAAUAAGAAGAAGAAAAACAACAACAAGAAGGGUCACGGAUCUGGAUCACGAUCCGGGUUACUCCAAAUGAAGGUGAGGAGGCUCCAAAUACUGAUACCGGGCGGGCAGACAUGCAACCACCCGGAUCUGCUUUUAUCAAAGACCGUUGAUUAUAUUGUGCAUUUGAAGUUGAAGCUUAGGUUCCUUAAAGCAAUCUCCGAAAUGUACUCUCUUUGAAAAUCGUAAGAUUUGUAAAACUAUUCUUCUUCUUGUCUUCGGUACUAUAUAGCUAUGGUGUCGAAGUUUAGUUUUCCGUAUUAUCGAUUAUCAUUUGUAGUUUGCUUUAUGUUGCGAUGUUUUACCUUCUUUAAUGUAGUUUGUCUAUAUAUUUUUUAUAUAUGUUUUGUCAGAAAACUGAAUUCUACAAUAUGCUUUGUGAAC